AUGGCAUUUCGGAUGACCCCGUCUUGGGGUCGGCUUCUUUCUACGCAAAGGGUACUUCCGUCGUUUCGCGCCGUUCACAAUGAUUUCACUCGGACGAUGGCCCGCAAGUUCUCAAAUCAACCUCCGCGUCAGCAAAUCACACCAGCAAUGCGGAAUGCGUUUUCGGCGAAGCAGAAUACUACUACACUGUACUACACGAUUAGUUUGAUUGUCGGGACGCUGGCCCUAGCGUACGGUUCGGUGCCGAUGUAUAAAAUGAUUUGCCAACAAACGGGAUGGAACGGUCAGCCCGUCUCGUCCCAUCUCGUGAACGGGGAGAAUACUGCGUCCCGUCUGAUCCCAGUCACCGAUUCCCGCCGACUCCGCAUCACCUUCAACGCCUCCGUAUCCGACGUCCUUCCUUGGAAAUUUACUCCUCAGCAACGCGAGGUUCGGGUGCUCCCCGGGGAAACCGCAUUGGCGUUCUACACUGCGACGAAUAAGGGGGAUAAUGAUAUCAUUGGCGUUGCAACUUAUAGUGUCACACCGGCUCAGGUUUCUCCUUAUUUUAGCAAAAUCCAGUGUUUUUGCUUUGAGGAGCAGAGGCUAAAUGCUGGCGAAACGGUGGAUAUGCCAGUGUUCUUUUUCAUUGACCCGGAUUUCGUAAACGAUCCAGCGAUGAGGGGCAUUGAUACGAUAACUUUGUCGUACACAUUUUUUAAGGCUCGCUAUGAUGAUAAUGGUAUCCUGACGCCGGUUCCUAUCCGGUAA